AAAACCCCAAUACUUUCGCGGGACUCUCAUCCCGCAUCUCCGGCGGCGGGGCGAUGGCCGGCGAUCGGGAGCUCCGGGCAGGUCCCUACCUCGGAGAGAUCUCGGCCUUGGCUUUCCUCCCUCUUCCUUCCAACAUCUCCACCUUUCCUCUUCUCCUGGCUGGCACCGGAUCUGAGCUACUCCUCCACGAUGUCCAAUCCGGCGAUCUCAUCAAGUCUGUGCACAUAUUUGAAGGCGUGCGGGUGCAUGGAAUCGCUGUCAUUGAGCAAUUGUGGCCGGUCUUCUCCGUCGCUGUGUUUGGUGAGCGGAGAAUUAAGCUGUUCCGUCUCCGCAUUGAUACCGUGCUGUCUGUUAAUGUCGAUCUCUUCCUUGAGAUCCCGCGUUUUGAUCAUUGGGUUCUUGAUCUUUGCUUCUUGAUGGAGGAGGGUUGGCUCGCUGUGGGGCUGAGCGAUAAUUCUAUUGCGCUUUGGGAUGUAAAGAAGAAUGUAUCAGUGGCGAGAGUGAGAUCUCCAGAGAGGUGUCUUUUGUAUUCAAUGCGGUUGCAGGGUGAUGGCAUUGAUACUCUUCGUGUGGCAUCUGGCACUAUUUACAACGAGAUUAUUGUUUGGAAGUUGUCUCAAUCUCAGACAUUUUUGAUGGAUGAGCAUUCCAAUCCCAGUUUUCCACAAGUUAUAGAGACAGAAGUUCUUCAAAAAGAAUAUUCUGCUAUUCAUUUGUUUAGGCUCACUGGACACGAAGGCUCCAUUUUCCGCAUAGCUUGGUCUUCUGAUGGAUCAAAAUUAAUGUCUGUUUCUGAUGACCGCAGUGCUCGAAUCUGGAUGAUUAAUGGUCUGAGAACUGAUUGUGGUGAACAAGCAGAGAACAAUGGUGAUCAAGCAUUGGUCAGCCACACACUCUUUGGCCAUAAUGCCAGGAUCUGGGAUUGUUAUCUAUCUGAUUCCAUAGUUAUCACAGCUAGUGAAGAUUGUACUUGUCGUGUGUGGGGAAUGGAUGGCAGUCAACUUUUGAUGAUCAGAGAACACAUUGGGAGAGGUAUAUGGAGAUGUGUCUAUGAUCCAAGCUCUUCUCUUCUUGUCACUGCUGGUUUUGAUUCUGCUAUCAAAGCACACGUAUAUCACUCUGCAUCAAAGGAGGAUGCAUCACAACCUAGAAGGUUAAGUGAGUUAAAGUCCCAGGCAGAGGCCUUCAGUAUUUGUGCACCUAAAAUAUCAAAACAGCUUGGUCUGAUGAACAGCAAAAGUGAAUAUAUAAGAUGCUUGCAUUUUACCCAAGAGAAUGCCCUUUAUGUCACAACAAACAAUGGGUAUUUGUAUCAUGUUAAUUUCUCAGACCCUGGAGAUGUAAGAUGGACUGAACUAACACACGUCAGUCAAGAAGCACCCAUCAUUUGCAUGGAUUUAAUGGUCAUAAAAUCAUCUGAAAAAUCUGACCCCCACAAUUUUAAUAAGGAAGAUAUAAUUGCUCUUGGUGAUGGGAAAGGAAAUGUCACAGUUAUUAGAAUCAUUGAUAGGGAUCUGGCUCCUAAAUUGGUGUCAUGCUUUACAUGGGCGGCGGAAAAAGAGAGACAGCUACUUGGUAUCUUUUGGUGCAAAUUGUUGGGGUGUCAGCAUAUAUUCACCACUAACCCUGGGGGAAUUUUGAAGUUGUGGAAGAUUGAUGACAUUUUAGAAUCAGAUGCCAACAAAGUCAAUGUGGAUCAGAGUGUAUCUCUUAUUGCAGUGUUCACAACAUGUUUUGGGGCACGGAUUAUGUGUCUAGAUGUAUCAAUCAGUGCAGAGGUUUUAGUAUGUGGGGAUCAACGUGGUAAUCUUACUGCCUUUCCCUUAUCAGAAGAUCUAGUGGUUGCAAAUUCUGUUGAGAAAUUGGGGCAGAUCUCUGCACUCUGCCACUUUAAAGGGGCCCAUGGCAUCUCUAGUGUGACUAGUGUUCUGAUUGCUACAUCAGAGUCCAAGCAAGCUGAAAUACGCACGACUGGAGGAGAUGGAUGCAUUUGUUAUUUUAGGUGUGGUGUGAAUAAAGUGAAUUUAGAAUUCAUUGGGAUGAAACAAGUGAAAGAAUUGAGUACUAUCCAGUCAGUUGUGACCAAGCCAACAACCUUUUUUGAAGAUUUGGCUGAAGGCAAUUAUGCAAUAGGCUUUACAUCAGCAGAUUUUAUCAUGUGGGACUUGAGGAAUGAAACAAAGACACUGCAGAUUUCUUGUGGUGGAUGGCGUCGACCAUAUUCCUAUAACAUUGGUGCUGUCCCUGAAUACCAGAACUGUUUUGCCUAUGUGAAGGAUCAAACCAUUUAUAUCAGUAGACUCUGGGUGCCGGUUCAUGAAAGGCAGCUAUUCCCUAAGGUUUUGCACAUGCAAUAUCACGGAAGGGAGGUGCAUUCCCUGUGCUUCAUAUCUUCUUGUUUUUCAAGAAAGAACUAUGAUGCAUGGAUUGCAACAGGCUGUGAAGAUGGAACAGUUCGAUUGACCAGAUACAUGCCUUUUGAUAUGGGAAAUUGGCAAGACUCCAAAUUGCUUGGGGAGCAUGUUGGUGGUUCAGCUGUGAGGUCAAUUUGCUUCAUAUCAGGGAUUCACAGAUUCAGUGCUGACACAAGUUAUAACUUGGCGGAAGAAAAUACAAUUUAUGUUUCAACAGAGAGCAACGAGAAUCAGUUUUUACUCAUAUCAGUUGGUGCCAAGCAGGUUUUGACUUCUUGGAUUUUAGAAAAUAAGGAAGUGAUCACCAAAGAAGAAGAUUGUGAUAAGGAACCCAGUGACGCUUCAGCUAUAUCUUGUCCUCCCUUGAAUGAGUUUUCUUCAAUAUCUUUCCGAUGGCUCUCUACUUACAUGCCUCAAAGGUUUACAAGUACUCAUAGAAGAGAUAGAUUAAUGGAAAUAAAUGAGGAAAAGAACAGUUCCACCAUAAAGCCCUCUCCAAUUUCUGAUCCACAAACAGCAAGAUGCAGUACUGAAAAGCCUAGAGAUAAUCUUGUGAAUCUUAUGGACAAUGAUUGGAGGUACCUGGCUGUUACUGGUUUUCUUUUGAAGCACACUGGCAGCAGGUUGACUGUAUGUUUUAUUGCGGUCUCCUGUUCUGAUGCUACACUUUCCUUGAGGGCACUUGUUUUGCCUUGUCGGCUGUGGUUUGAUGUUGGUUUAUUGGUUCCACAAACAUCUCCUGUUCUAGCACUGCAGCAUGUGGUUGUUCCGGUUCAUGACACUUCUAGAGAUAAUGAGCAGAUUGGGAAUGCAUAUUUCAUCAUUGGUGGAUCUACAGAUGGAAAUAUUACUUUCUGGGAUGUAACGGAAGCAGUUGAACACUUUAUGCUAUCAACUAUCAAGUGUCAACCAGAACUGCUUAUUGGUUGGCAGAGGAGACCCCAAACGGGCAGGGGAAGUCAGGGUGGACGUUGGUGGAAAUCAUCUGUAAGGCGGUCCUCUGGAAAGAAUAUCCAAGAUUCUAUAAACAACAGUGAGAUUGGCAACAAUACUGAUGGCCUAACUUCUGCCAAACCAUUGGAAGCUUUGUCUGUUAAAGGAAAUGAUCCUUUGUGCACUCAAACAAGUUCCCAAACCGGGAGUUCAACCACCAACCUCAUUCCUGAAAGAAGCUCCAGUAUCUUGCCUAUUGAAACCUGUGAAGUUCAACCACUACUUGUGAUGAAAUCUGUCCAUCAAUCAGGUGUUAAUUGUCUACAUCUUUCAGAAUUGAAGGGUUCUUUGAAUUCAAGAUCAGUAGUAGGUUACUGUCUUCUGAGUGGUGGGGAUGACCAGGCACUACAUUGUGUUGGUUUUGAUUUCACAUCACAAGCGACAUGUGUUGAUUUGAACCAUCGACAAUCGACUGAUAGUGUGCCAAAGGAUCCAACUGUCCUUCAGUGCUCAGGUUUGUGUGAUAACAUGAUUACUAAGCAUGGCGUCAGAAUUCUUUUUAAAAAUGGCAUUGCAUCUGCUCACAGUUCAGCAGUAAAAGGUGUUUGGAUGGAUGGUAUCUGGGCUUUCUCUACAGGUCUUGAUCAGCGAAUUAGGUGCUGGAGCAUUGAUCAUCAUGGUAAACUCACUGAGAAUUCUCAUCUGAUCAUUAGUGUGCCAGAGCCAGAGGCACUCUCUGCAGUAAAAUGUGGCAGAAACAAAUAUCAAAUUGCUGUCGGUGGAAGAGGUAUGCAAGUGGUUGAGUUCUUUUCUUGCCCUAACAAAGAUUAGAAGACCUGUUUGCCAUUUUCACUAAAGGUUUACAAAUUUAGAAAAUUGAAUAUUUCACGGAGACACAAAGAUAACACCUUUCUUCAUAUUAUGUACUUACAUGCCAAUGAGUUCAGUGAGAAGACUGAUGAAUUAAGAACUCAGCGGCAACAUAACUGUUAAUAUCAAAUUCCCAGACUUAACACUGAAUCUGGAUGCUUUACCGAUGAUAAGAAAGAGAAAGCACUCAAGGUUCAGAGGAUCAUCAGCUUGAAAGCCGGGCUUGUACAAUGAGUUCAAUAUCCCACUCUUAAUUUUAAUCACAUGCCUGACAUUGAAUUGUUGUUCAUAUUUAUUUUUGAGUGUUUUGUGCAAGCAAUAUCAUGAAUGAUGUUUUUA